UCUCUCCUUGCUCGCCACUCUCACAGUCUCACCCUGCUCAUGGCAGAUGAUCUCUCUAUCUCACCCUGCUUGCAACUCUCAUCUUAGACAAUAUCUCUCUCUCUCUCUCUCUUCACUCAGAGCCACAGGCAACAAAUGUGCUUCAAAAGAAGUUGAAUUUCGAGGACGACAAAGGAGGAAUCAUCUAAGAAGACUCCAUAAGAAACCAACCAUCAUUACAGGCUUCGGAGAAACAACAGGGUGGGUGUGCAAGCGCAAGCGCAAGCAGGAAACUCUCUCACCGGAAGUUUUUCUCCUCUGCCCUGAAAGUUGCAUUGCUGCCCGCACUCAUAACCAGAAUUACUUGUGUCAUGUCGAAUUUUAUUCAGUGGAUCUUGAACACUUAUGAACUUACUAUAAAUUCCAAAGAGGCCAAACAACUAAUAUGUACAUUGUUUCUGCUAGACACCUUAAUCUUCUUGUUUAGAGAGGAAAAUUAAUGGGGAGGAAUGUGGUGGCACAAGGUGUUUCUGGAACUACCCUUUCCCCUAGAUGGGGUGGAGGAGAAGAGAAGAAGCUCAGAUUAUUUGGUUUUGAGGUGGAUCCCUACACAAAUGAUGGCAGAUCAUCUAGGGUGUCUGAGGAAGGAGAGGAAAGUGCAACUUCUUCAAAUGAAGGUUUGCCAAGGAAGAAAUCUUUGAAGGAGAAGAAGAGUCAAGUGCCUGACAUGGAUGACAAGAAGUUUGAGUGUCAAUUUUGUUUCAAGGAGUUUGCAAACUCUCAGGCACUGGGUGGUCACCAAAAUGCCCAUAAAAAGGAGAGGUUGAAGAAGAAAAGGCUGCAAAUCCAAGCAAGGAAGGCAAGCCUCGCAUGUUACUUUCAACCUUUCCAGAAUCACCAUGGUUUCAGUUACCAUCUAUCUCCUCCAUGGUUCUAUGAUCCUUCUUCCUAUAUACCUGAGUUUACACCUUUUGAUGAUCAGACCCAAAUCAGUUUCAAUACUUUUGACCAAAACUCUUACCUUAAUAGUGCUCCUCUCACAAAAUCAUAUGCUUUACCCUCUCUUAUCCCAGUCCCACAAGAUACUUGUACUUUCACCUUAACACCCACAAACAGUUCUAUCCAGAACAGACCUUCACUGAUCAAGCCUUCUCCAUUAAUGCCUAUUUCCAAGCGAAGCUUUAAGAGUCUGGACCCAGUUCUGUAAAUGCUUAGAAGUUUCUGAUAAUCUGUUCUUCAGCUCAUACCAGGCCAUAGCAUAUAGGUUUGGCCUAUUAAAGCCAACUACAAAGUGUACAAUUAUUUUAGCAGAAUCAAAGUUUUUAUUUUAUUUGUAUUGAAAAUUGAUACCUUUUCUCUCCUUUGUUUCUUUCUGUUUAUUAUUAUUUUUUUUUUCUUAUUAUGUAAACUCCAAAAUGAUAUAUGGGGUUAAUCUAUACUAGCAUGGCUUACCAUUGAAAAUUGUUCUAAAGAGUUCCUAGUUCUUAUUUUA